UGGUAGAGUCAUGUGAUACCUGCUGCCUUCCUUCUCUGUAUUCGUCGGCUGGAGGAUCGACACUUGCAGCUCAAAUUAAAAGUUUCUACUUCCUGAGAUAUUCUUUUAAAACUCCCACCAUGGCGGAGAUGGGCUUUGCGAUCGCCAUCUCGGUGAUGACCCUGUUUUGGGGGAUUGUUGGCGGUGUCGUUCCCUGGUUCAUCCCCAAAGGACCGAACAGAGGAGUGAUUGUCACCAUGCUGGUUUUAACUGCAGUCUGCUGCUACCUCUUCUGGUUGAUAGCAAUUCUUGCUCAGUUGAACCCACUGUUCGGGCCUGCACUUUCCACCGACACUAUCUGGUACCUGAGGUAUCACUGGCCUUAAUUUGCCCCUCCAGGACUCCUGACUGUGCAGCCGAGGACCUGACACUCCUGCAAACCAAUGGAUGUUUGCUUCCACAGAGAUCAUUCCCUGGAAUCGCCUUAAAACUCAGAUCCCUGUGUGAUUACUGAGAGAUGCCCACACUGGUGCCUUGUACAAAAAUGAUUCCCAAAAGACAAAGAGAUGUCCCUGGAUGUGCUUUACUUUAAAUUAAAUCAGCCUUCACUUGUUUUCCGGUUUAUAUAUUGUGUACAUUGUGUUUAAUGCUAUUGUGAAUAUGGAUGAUGUUUGAUUAAAUGAUUGUUGUGAGGUGUGUUUGAGAUCUUGUUUUUGUCUGUAUAUGCUAGUGAUGGAUGUAAUCCAUUUGAGAAUGAAUAAAGAAAUUAAUAAUCAACUC